AUGUCUAUCAAAGACCAGCUCGCCGAGUCUUAUCCUAUUGGAGAACCCGUGACACAACCUACCAAGCGUCGAAAAUGGUAUUCCCUCUUUGGCAACGAUGUCAGCCACGUACCAGUCGACGAAGGGUACUCGACAGGCUCAGACACCGCUUCCCUACACACUGACAGUAUGAGCAAUCAUCAUAAUGUCUUUGCUCCUCCUGAAGCUGUGGAUAUCUACAAGAUCGUGGAUGGUUUCGAAGGUGCCCACCGUUUCAAGCCUUCUGCGACUUGGGAAUCCCAGGAAGAGGAGAAGCUGCUUGAUUGGUUUAUCGCACUUCCGGCCUGUAUCAUGUUCUUUGCUCUCCAGCUGGACCGUGGCAACAUUGUCCAGGCUCUUUCAGACGGCAUGCUAAGUGAGCUCACGGUCGAGAGUCGAUUCUAUGUGCUACUGGCGCUAACUCUUCCAGAUGAUCUCGGUCUCACAACAAAUGACUACAACAAUGGAAUGACGAUAUUUUACUGUUCGUUCUUAUUCGCAGAGCUCCCGUCACAAGUCAUUGGCAAAAAACUUGGACCAGACGUCUGGGUCCCUAUCCAGAUGGUGCUAUGGAGUGUCGUAGCAAUGUCACAAGCCGCGCUUCAGGGAAGGACUAGCUUCUUUAUCUGCCGCUGGUUACUUGGGAUGCUUGAAGGAGGUAAUUAUAAAUCAACACAGGAUGUUGCUCUUGCCCUGCUGACUGGCAUACCUCUAGGCUUCAUCCCUGACACUAUUCUUUAUCUUUCAUAUUUUUACAAAAAUGUCGAGCUUCCCAAACGCCUCAGUUGGUUCUGGACAUCAUAUCAAGGCACGCAGAUUAUUGGUGCCUUUUUGGCAUACGGUAUUCUCCACCUCCGGGGCCAUAGUGGGCUCCACGAAGGAUGGAGAUAUCUGUUCGUGAUUGAGGGCUCAUUUACUGCGCUGAUCGGCAUAUUGACCUUCUUCUACUUACCGCCAUCCCCUACGCAGACUUCUAGAACAGGCUGGAAAGGAUUACUUCGUCCCAGGUCUGGGUGGUUCUCUGAACGCGAAGAGAUCAUCAUGGUCACACGAGUUCUUCGGGAUGAUCCUGGCAAGGCUACCAUGCACAAUCGUCAGGGCUUAACGAGCAGCCUGAUCUGGGAAGCUCUCACUGACUACCAUAUGUGGCCUAUCUAUCUCAUCGGCCUUUCCUGGGGUAUUCCUAAUGCACCUCCCCAAGCAUACAUCACACUCACGUGCAAGGCUCUUGGUUUCGAUACUUUCCAUACCAACCUUCUUACAAUCCCGGCAUACACCCUGUUCAUUGUACAGCUACUGUUCUGGACUUGGGUAUCAGAAAGGAUUAACCAGCGUGUUCUUCUCGGUGUUAUCGGCCAACUAUGGUCCUUACCACUUCUCGUUUCCCUCGUCGUUUUGCCUCCUAUCUUUCCAGGAUGGAAAUGGGCAAAAUGGACUCUGUCUACACUCCUUGUUGGCGCUCCCUACCCUCAUGCGAUUCUUGUGGCCUUGACGUCUCGCAAUGCCGGGUCUGUUCGCACUCGUACCGUUGGCUCUUCGCUCUAUAACAUGAGCGUCCAAAUGUCAAGCAUUAUAUCUUCACAGAUCUACCGCAAGAGCGACGCCCCAUACUAUUAUACUGGAAACAAAGCGCUGCUUGGAGUCUUGGGAUAUAACAUCCUGAUCUAUAUCUUUAUCAAGUUCUACUAUGUCAGGGAAAACAAUAAAAGAAAUAAGAUCUGGGAAGGCAUGAGCAGAGAGGAGAGAAUUAGUUAUCUCAAGACAACAACUGAUCAAGGAAACAAAAGGCUUGAUUUCAGGUUUGCUUCAUGA